AUGGAGAGGGCGGUUUGCCAGAUUGACGAUUGGGAGCAGUUCAAAAUUGAGCUCAAACGGCAAUUCUACCCUCAAAACGUUGUCCACGAAGCCCGUCGGAGGUUGAGAGAGUUGAAGCAGACCUCGUCCAUUCGAGACUAUGUUAAGGAAUUUACGAAGUUAACACUUCAAAUUCCAAGCCUGACGAAUGAGGCAAUUGUAGUGGCGGAAUCGCUCAACAAUUUCCGUGGUGAUGCGGCAAAGGGGAUGGAUAACAGGAGCAAAACUAUUCCUCCCAAGGUCGACAACAGCAACAGGAGCAGGAGCAGACCAAAUCCCAACCGAGGCAGCGACACGAGGGGCAACUCUCGUGACCAACCUUCCAAUUUUCGGAAAAAUUAUGAGGACCGCAAGAGGGGUGCUCCUCAUCGGGAAGGUUGUUACAUCUGUGGGGAGACAACCCGUGCUGCUCGGUACUGUCCGUCAUUGAGAAAGCUGAGCGCUAUGGUGGUUGCCGAAAAGCAGCAAGAAAAGGCUGCAACGCAAGCCGAAAGUUCUGCCGGUGAGCAACGUGGGCAAAGUAGCGGGUCAGACAAAGGCAAGAACGUUGCCGUUGGCAUGUUCAAUCACAUGGCGCUGAUCAACCACAUUUCCAUUACUGCUUUGGCUGCCAAACCAGCUAGCGUCAGGCCGCGAGAAUCUCUGUUCGUCAAUGCCAAGCUAAACAACAAAGACGUGCGGAUCAUGGUGGAUACUAGGGCAACUCACAAUUUUGUGACUGAGCAGAAGGUCAAGGAGCUUGGCCUAAGUUAUGUUGCCAGCAACACAAAGUUGAAGACAGUCAACGCCACUCCUACUACCGUCCAUGGCUUUGCGCCUAAAGUUCCAAUUGAGUUAGGAGAUUGGAUGGGGCAGACUGACUUCACAAUCGCCCCUAUGGAUGUGUUUGAUGUUAUUUUGGGGCUUGACUUUUGGUAUGAAGUCAAUGCGUUCAUCUCGCCGCGUCACAACCAGCUGCACAUCAGUGACACCGGUGGUUCUUGCGUGGUACCCCUUAUUCGGGUACCACAAAAUGGGAUGCAUUUGUCGGCAAUGCAGAUUAUCAAGGGCUUCAAGAGAGGCGAGCCAACCUUUCUUGCUACCCUGAUUGAAGACGCCGAAAGCUGCACAGAGGCCGUUCCAUUGCCGCCUUGCAUCGAACAAGACUUUAGUAACAAUAGGGACGUUAUGCCAACAGAACUUCCCCAACGGCUGCCACCCCGAAGGGAAGUUGAUCACCAAAUUGAGCUGGUUCCAGGGGCAAAGCCGCCUGCCAUGACGCCUUAUCAUAUGGCGCCCCCGGAACUGGAGGAGUUAAGGAAGCAGCUCAAGGAGUUGCACUUCUCGAUCAGCUUUCACCCUCAGACAGACGGGCAAACUGAGAGGAUCAACACACUGUUAGAGUGCUACUUACGACACUAUGUUAGUGCCAAUCAGAAGGAUUGGGCAAGGCUGCUGGAUACUGCCCAAUUCUCGUACAAUUGCAGCAAAGUGAGGCGACGGGAAGGAAUCCGUUUGAGUUAG